CAAGAGGCUCAAGACUGUUUGUGUUGCACGACUGAAUAAAGUGAUUCGGAUUUAUUCUUUGUUAUUCUGGCGUGUAGAAGCCCAAUAAGAUUGUUGCCAUGGAGCACUGUGACGGAAAUGAGCCAGCAAGUGAUACAAAGCAUUUGUCUGCUGGCUGUGAGCAGACGGCCAUGGGUGACCAGGAUUCACAGACUGAGGUGAAGCCUCCAUCUGACAUUUCUGAUGCUGUACCCCUUGAGCAUCAGCCAUCAGGGAAACUGAGGAGGACUGCCUUAAGAUUCUUUGGAGGACGCAAAAGCAUCUGUGUUUUACCAAACUUCUUUGGGGGAAGGAACAAAAAUCUGAACAAGUGGUCCUCUAAGAAGGGAGUCAGCAAGAGUAAAACUCAUGAUGGACUUAGCAAGGCAGACUGGGAGGACAGUCUGGGAAUUGGAUAUGUCCCAGCAGGAUAUUUUGAGUACCACAGCCAGAAAGAUACUGCUGGAAAGGCUUGUAGGGAAUUUGGUCACCCUACUGGUGAUCAGAAGUCAUUCUCUCUUCCUCGGCAGAAAAAGGGUUUGCGAGAACUUUUUAACAGCAUCAGGCGUCGUAGAAAGAAUAGAAAUUGUGAUUUUGAAAAAAAUGAAAUGGUUGCGAAUUCUCAUGUCUGCAACAAAGAGGUGCCUAUUGCCCAGACUAUCAUUGACCAAAAUGACAUGGAGUGCCCGGGCAGUUUGUCUGAAUCCAAUGUACCUGUUUUGGCAAAUGUUGACGAUUGUUUGACAAUUGCUCCUGAAUGUAUUAAUGUUGAUGUCAUAGUGUCUGAGAAAGACCUGGUGAAACAAGGGAGUCUGGAUUCUCUGAUAGGGGAACUGAAGAAAGGUGAGGAUAUGGUAGAGACACUCCAUAUAAACACAGAACCAGAUUCUUUCCCGAAGACUAACCUAGAGUCUACUGUGAACGUCCAGCUGCCUACUGGCUCAUCUCAGAUGAGCUUGAUGUUUGGUGAUGUGGCCUCUCUAAAGAGUUUUGACUCGCUCACUGGCUGUGGUGACAUAAUAGCUGAUCAAGACGAUGACAGUAUUGCAAAUUCUCAGGGCACAGUCUCAGCGGAAAGGAGUCGAAAUGCAGGCAAACGGAGUUCCUGUUAUGUUACGUACCAGGGUGGAGGAGAAGAAAUGGCCACCCCUGUUAAGGUGGACAGGGAUUAUCUCCACGACCUCUGGGAAAAUGAGGUUGCAGAGGAUGCUUGCUAUACCCACAGCCACGAAGAAGACUUUCUAGAGCACAGUGAAAGUCCUAGGAUGACACCUGAAGAGCCAUCUAGCUCCUAUACCAUGGACAUCAGCAGCAACAGCAAUGGUGCUCUUGGAGUUACAGAGACCACCCUUACAUCUUCGGAUGUCAUGACCCCACAGAGCGAAAAUCAAGUGUCAGUUCCUAACAGCGAUGAGGGUUACUAUGACUCUACCACCCCAGGACAAGAUGAAGACGGACGUGUCAAAGUUGACAGGAUCAGGACCGAUAGACUACCAAGGGACAGUUAUAGUGGCGAUGCACUGUAUGAGCUUUUUGAGCCCGAUGACAGUCUCAUCAGUCCACCUUUUGAAAAAGCUAAGCUGCCCGUCUCUGAUCCACUUGAGUUUUUAGACAUGUCAGCUCAGUGUGGUGGUGAAGAUGUAAAUGCUGUGUUCGCUCCUGAAACGGGUCUAAUUGAAGAGGACAGGCUAACUGGGAAUAGGGAGAAAAUGCUUGGCAACCCUAAAUUGUCAGAUGCUGUUUUUGGCACCUUUACCUCAACAUGUCAAUCACAAGAAAUUGACUCUGAGCAAAACAAGCCACAGUCCCCAUGGUUAAGAGGAAAUCAUGAUCUAUCUAAAACAAAGAAUGACUUGGAGGAUGACCAGACAGUUUGCUUCUCCCAAGCCCUAGUGGACUUCACAAAACAAUCACAUGUUUAUAGUAAUUCAACUGAAAGCAUGGGAGGCUCUGAGUCAAACUCUCCCUUUGCCCAAAACAUGCAAGCCCUCCCAGCCAUUGUCACAUUUGAUGUCGUGGACAUGGAUAACGAGGGGGAAUAUGACCAGCAGAUGGAUAUGGUAAUGGAGGAGGAAUACAUCACGUCGCCUUAUGAAGUGUUUGAAGAAAGCUACCUGCAAAAGGAUGCGUUUGCUGAAUGUGACUUACGUAUGUUUGACCUCCUUGAACAGAGUCUCAGUAAUACUUGGGGAAUCGCCAGCCUGCCACGUCACCUUAGCCUUACACAAGUCAAUCGGUCGAGUCCACUGGCUCCUCUGCUGAGUCCUUUGGCCUUAAAUAGGAGGAGUAGAUCCCUGGACACGGAGAGCUUGGAGUUAGAGAUGACUGACAUGUAUUUAGGGAGUGGGGCAGCACUAGCGUCUUGCCCUAGAACAGAAAGGGACUCGAAGAGAGUGUCCUCGCUUCACCGCAAAAAUAAUGGAUACAUUUCCACUUCAGAAAACCGGGAUAAUAGACAGAUCAUGUUUCCGUCAUGGCAGCCAGAGACUGAGGGGACUGUAACGCACCCACGAGCAGAUGGGAAAAGAACAGAGCAGACGUACAGUCUCUAUCAAACUCAAAACAGACGAAUGAUAUCAUUCAGUCAGCCUGUCAGUCGAGUCCCAAACUGUAAAUCUCAACAGAUCUCAGCUAGCAAAAUGACUGACAGAGUAUCCUGUAAUUAUAUCUCUCAGAUUACAGGACCGUUACAUAGGCCAUCUCAUCUUCCUUUGCAAUCAGAAUCCUGUCGGCCCCAUGCCCCCUAUGGGAGAUCAGUUAAGGCAUCAGAUGGUGGUGGUGAGGCCCUUUUUUACACAUCGACCGUUAGCUCUCAUCCUUAAAAUAAACAUAAUAACAUGCCUCAACCUUGGUUGUGAGUCUGGCAGUUCUGUAAGCAGGGUUCUAAACUUUUUUUAAAUUGGUUAAGAUACAGUAUAGCCUAGCUACUUCUAAAGCACAUGUUGUGCCCUAGAAACGAAUAUGAAACCCUGUAAACACUUUUUUUUAUUAUAAAAAGCAAAAAAUGUUGACAUAAAUACCUCAUUAAAAUUAAGUCAUUUAUGGAAUAUUAGGUCUCUACAUAAUGUAAAUUCACUAACAUUUAAUGUUGUACACCGUCUCUUUAAGAGCAUCAAGUUUGUGAUGACAUGCAAGACGUCAUUCGUUCAUUGUUAUGAUCAUGGAUCUCCAGAAGAAGCCCUCCUGAAGAUCCCCUUUCCUUUCUGUGCCCCCAAAUGUUUGGAUAUACUGUUUUCAGGUUGUUAGCUAGCUAAUGAGGUAUCAAACAUGACUGAACAAGGUGUAAAACAAAUGCAGUCCGCAAAUAGUUUUAGAACGUCCCGCGACAUGGUUUAUGAAUGUAAAAUGCGGCCUCCCAACCUGUGACAAAAAACAACAACAAACGUUGCACUGAUAAUAUGGGUUAGCUCUUUUGAACUGUUUGGGCUAGAAUCAAGCAGUUUUUGCUGUAUUAAUGGUGCAAGCAUGACACUAACAAAUCUGGACUCGGGGAAAUGAGAAGCCUUAUUACAAAAAUUAUACAAAUAAAAUGAAGUUAUUUAUUUUGUUGCACUGGUGCUCCCAAAUUAAAACCCCAGGUUGAAGUCGCACAGCAAGAUAUUUAGUCGCAAAUGUGCACUUUAAAGCCCUGCCUGUAAGGCCAGUGGACUAUGAGCAGCAGGCAGACUUCACCAUUAAAGGAAGAAAAACUGGAUAUGGUACACGCUGUUGAAUGUAACAAACACACGGUGCCUUCGGAAACUAUUCAGACCCCUUGACUUUUUCCACAUUUUAAUACGCUACAGCCUUAUUCUAAAAUUAAUUGAAGCGUUUUUUUCCCUUUAUCAAUCUACACACAAUACCCCAUAAUGACAAAGCAAAAACUUUUUUUGUUGACAUUUUUGCAAAUUUAUGAAAAUAAAUGGAAAUAUCACAUUUAUAAAAGUAUUCAGACCCUUUACUCAGUACUUUGUUGAAGCACCUUUGGCAGCGAUUAUAGCCUCUAGUCUUGGGUAUGACGCUACAAGCUUGGCACACCUGUAUUUGGGGAGUUUCUCCCAUUCUGCUCUGCAGAUGCUCUCAAGCUUUGUCAGGUUGGAUGGGGAGCGUCGCUGCACAGCUCUUUUCAUGUGUCUUCAGAGAUGUUUGAUCGGGUUCAAGUCCAGGCUAUGGUUGGGCCACUCAAGGACAUUCAGACUUGUCCCAAAGCCACUCCUGUGGUGUUUUGGCUGUGUGCUUAGUCGUUGUCCUGUUGGAAGGUGUAUGUUCACCCCAGCCUGAGGUCCUGAGAAUUCUGGAUCAGGUUUUCAUCAAGAAUCUCUGUACUUUACUCCGUUCAUCUUUUCCUCGAUCCUGACUAGUCUCCCAGUCCCUGUUCCUGAAAACAUCCCCACAUGAUGCUGCCACCACCAUGCUUCACCGUUGGGAUGGUGUCCGGUUUCCUCCAGACGUGACGCUUGGCAUUCACGCCAAAGAGUUCCAUCUUAGUUUCAUCAGACCAGAGAAUCUUGUUUCUCAUGGUCUGAGAGUCUUUAGGUGCUUUUUGGCAAACUCCAAGCGGGCUGUCAUGUGCCUUUUACUGAGGAGUGGUUUCUGUCUGGCCACUCUACCAUAAAGGCCUGAUUGGUGAAGUGCUGCAGAGAUGGUUGUCCUUCUGGAAGGUUUUCCCAUCUCCAAAGAGGAGAUCUGUCAGAGUGACCAUCGGCUUCUUGGUCACCUCCAUGAUCAAGGCCCUUCUCCCCCUAUUGCUCAGUUUUGCCGGGAGGCCAGUUCUAGGAAGAGUUUUUGUGGUUCCAAACAUCUAACAUCAUUUAAGAAUAAUGAAGGCCACUGUGUUCUUGGGGACCUUCAAUACUGCAGACAUUCUUUUGGUACCUUUCACCAGAUCUGUGCCCCGACACAAUCCUGUCUUGGAGCUCUACGGACAAUUCCUUCGACCUGGUUAUUGCUCUGACAUGCACUGUCAACUGGGACCUUUUAAUAUAGACGGGUGUGAAUUUCAAAAUCACGUACAAUCAAUUGAAUUUAGCAAAGGUGGACUACAAUCAAGUUGUAGAAACAUCUCAAGGAUGAUCAAUGGAACAGGAUGCAUCUGAGCUUUAUUUAGUCUCAUAGCAGAAGGCCUGAUUACUUAUGUAAAUAAGGUAUUUAAUAUAAAAUAAACUGUUUUCGUUUUGUCAUUAUAGGGUAUUGUUUGUAGAUUGAGUAAAACAUUGAAUUAAAUAAAUUGUAGAAUAAGGCUGUAACGGAACAACAUGUGGAAAAAGUCAAGGGGUCUGAAUACUUUCCUAUGCAAAUUCCCAGAAAUGUAAUGAAACCUCUUCUACACUUAGUAUUGAAAUGUGGUAUACAUGUUAUGUACCACCAAAGACACCAUCUAGUAUGUUUGCAUAACUGAAAAUAGAAUGAUUGUCUGUUACUGCAAGUAUUUCACUCUUGUAUAAUACUUAUUUGUGUUGCUGUUCUAUCAUACUGUGUUGUCUUGUGAACAGUCAUAAUAGAGGCUCUCCCAUGCAGUCUUUCAUUAAAAUGUUCAGGCCUGAGUAUCCCUUGCAUUUGUACAGCCCAGAGUUAGGCCACACACAACACGUAUUACACAUAUUGGUAGGUACUGUGAAUUGGUAAUUACUGUAAACUACGUGGUCCAUUUAAAAUCAAAUUAAAUUUGUCACAUGCACAGAAUACCUCUUGUGUAGACUUUACUGUGAGAGGCUUCCUUAAGAGCCCUUCCCAAUGAUGCAUAGUUUAAAAAUAAAAUGUCACUGACAAAAGUUGUAUCUAGCCUUUAAAGUCUUUUUUUAUGACUUUCUUUACAGAAAGUUGUUGACUAAAGUCUAGGACGGUGCUUGUAAACUCUUAGGAUGGUAUUAUAUUGUAAUUUCGAUGUAAUUAUAAGAUGCCGCCUCGACAUGCAGAUUUGGAUCACAGGUCAAUUAACCUUAUGAGAUACCAAAUGUAUAGAGAACAGCAUUGAUAAUGUCAUACAUUUUUGUAAAGACAAAUGGUAAUCUAUUAACUAUUACACUAUACUGUAUGUGUUUUAGCUACAUUUUAGAAUGUAUUUCAUCAUGCAUCAGUUAACCAUUGUAUUUUUUAUGGUUAGGGCAUUUGUUUGUCUUUCUUUUUGGGGGGGUUGACAGAAUUUGAUGUGAAAGUAAUUAUUUGUAUAGAUUUGUAUUCUGUAGUACCUCUGCAAGUAUUCAAAAAAGUAAGGUAGAAUUUAUAUUCACAACCAAUCCAUCUGCUGAAAACAGAUAUACAGCAACAGUCAAAAGUUUGGACACCUACUUAUUCAAUGGUUUUUCUUUAUUUUUACUAUUUUCUACAUUGUAGAAUGAUAGUGAAGACAUCAACACUACGAAAUAACACAUAUGGAAUCAUGUGUAACCAAAAAAAAGUGUUAAUCAAAUCAAAAUAUAUUUUACAUUCUUCAAAGUAGCCACCCUUUGCCUUGAUGACAGCUUUGCACACUCUUGGCAUUCUCUCAACCAGCUUCACCUGGAAUGCUUUUCCGACGGUCUUGAAGAAGUUCCCACAUAUGCUGAGCACUGCUUUUCCUUCCCUCUGCUGUCUAACUCAUCCCAAACUGUUUCAAUUGGGUUGAGGUCCAUGGAUUGUGGAGGCCAGGUCAUCUGAUGCAGCACUCCAUCACUCUCCAUCUUGGUCAAAUAGCCCUUACACAACCUAGAGGUGUGUUAGGUCAUUGUCCUGUUGAAAAACAAAUGAUUGUCCCACUAAGCGCAAACCAGAUGGGAUGGCGUAUCGCUGCAGAAUGCUGUUGUAGACAUGCUGGUCAAGUGGGCCUUGAAUUCUAAAUACAUCACAGUGUCACCAGCAAAGCACCAUCACACCACCUCCAUGCUUCACAGUGGGAACUACACAUGCGGAGAUCAUCUGUUCACCUACUCUGCGUCUCACAGACACGGAGGUUGGAACCAAAAAUUGCACAUUUGGACUCAUCAGACCAAAGAACAGAUUUCCACCGGUCUAAUGUCCAUUGCGUGUGUUUCUUCUUAUUGGUGUCCUUUAGUAGUGGUUUCUUUGCAGCAAUUUCGACCAUGCAAGCCUGAUUCAUGCAAUCUUCCCUGAACAGGUGAUAUUGAGAUGUGUCUGUUACUUGAACUCUGUGAAGCAUUUAUUUUGGCUGCAAUUUCUGAGGCUGUUAACUAAUGAAAUUAUCUUCUGCAGCAGAGGUAACUCUGGGUCUUCCUUUCCUGUGGCGGUCCUCAUGAGAGCCAGUUUAAUCAUAGCGCCUGAUGGAUUUUGCGACUGCACUUGAAGACACUUUGAAUGUUCUUGAAAUGUUCUGGAUUGACUGACCUUCAUGUCUUAAAGUAAUGAUGGAUUGUCAUUUCUCUUGCUUAUUUGAGCUGUACUUGCCAUAAUAUGGACUUGGUCUUUUACCAAAUAGGGCUAUCUUCUGUAUACCACCCCUACCUUAUCAGAACACAACUGAUUGGCUCAAAUGCAUUAAGAAGGAAGGAAAUUCCACAAAUCAACUUUUAACAAGGCACAGCUGUUAAUUGAAAUGCAUUCCAGGUGACUACCUCGUGAAGAUGGUUGAGAGAAUGCCACGAGUGUGUAAAGCUGUCAUCAAGGCAAAGGGUGGCUACUUGGAAGAAUCUCAAAUAUAAAUCAUAUUUUGAUUUGUUGAACUUUUUUUGGUUAUUACAUGAUUCCAAAUGUGUUAUUUCAUCAUUUUGAUGUCUUCACUAUUAUUCUACAAUGUAGAAAAUAGUCCAAAUAAAGAAAAAACUCUUGAAUGAGUAGGUGUGUCCAAAGUUUUGAUUGGUACUUGAUACUGAAAAAUAUAAAUGCAACAUGUAAAUGGUUGAUCCCAUGUUUCAUGAGGUGAAAUAAAAGAUCCCAGAAGUUUUCCAUACACACGAAAAGCUUAUUUCUCUCAAAUUUUGAGCACUAAUUUGUUUACGUUCCUGUUAGUGAUCAGUUCUCCUUUGCCAAGAUAAUCCAUCCACCUGACAAGUGUGGCAUAUCAAGAAGCUGAUUAAACAGUAUGAUCAUUACACAGAUGCACCUUGUGCUGGGGACAAUAAAAUGUGCAGUUUUGUCACACCUUCUCAAUGUCACAGAUGUCUGCUGUUUUGAGGGUGUGUUCAAUUAGAAUGCUGACUGUAGGAAUGUCAACCAGAGCUUUUUCCAGAGAAUUUAGUGUUCUUUUCUCUAAAUCAAGCCGCCACCAACGUCAUUUUAGAGAAUUUUGCAGUACGUCCAACCGGCCUAACAAUCGCAGACUAUGUGUAACCACUGCAGCCCAGGACCUCCACAUCAUCUGAGACCAGCCACCCGGACAGCUGAUGAAACUGGGUUUGCACAACUGAAGAAUUUCUGCACAAACUGUCAGAAACCGCCUCAGGGAAGCUCAUCUGCGUUCUCGUCGUCCUCACCAGGGUCUUGACCUGACUGCAGUUUGACGUCGUAAACGACUUCAGUGGCUAAAUGCUCACCUUCAAUGGUCACUGGCAUGCUGGAGGAGUGUGCUCUUCACGGAUGAAUCCGGUUUCAACACUACCGGGUAAAUGACAGACCGUGUGUAUGACGUUGUGUGGGCGAGCAGUUUGCUGAUGUCAGCGUUGUGAACAGAGUACCCCAUAGUGGAUGUGGGGUUAUGGUAUGGGCAGGCAUAAGCUAGGUCAACAAACACAAUUGCAUUUUAUCAAUGACAAUUUGAAUGCACAGAGAUACUGUGACGAGAUCUUGAGGCCCAUUGUCGUGCCAUUCAUCCGCCACCAUCACCUCAUGUUUCAGCACGAUAAUGCACGGCCCCAUGUGGCAAGGAUCUGUACACAAUUCCUGGAAGCUGAAAAUGUUCCAGUUCUUCCAUGGCCUGCAUACUCAUCAGACAUGUCCCCCAUUGAGCACGUUUGAGAUGCUCUGGAUCGACGUGUACGACCGCAAUUCCCAGUUCCCACCAAUAUCCAACAACUUCACACAGCCAUUGCAGGGGAGUGGGACAACAUUACACAGGCCACAAUCAACAGCUUUAUCAACUGGUCACACGAGAUACGGACUGGUUUUCUGAUCCACGCCCCUACCUUUUUUUUUUUAAGGUAUCUGUGACCAACAGAUACCUUAGUUUCUGUAGUCCCAGUCAUGUGAAACUCAUAAAUUAGGGCCUCAUUUAUUUCAAUUGACUGAUUUCUAUGAUUUCUUUCUCAGUAAAAUCUAUGAAAUUGUUACAUGUUGCAUUUAUAUUUUUGUUCAUUGGAGAUAGAUUAUCUCAUUAGAAUCUGUCUGGCAAAGUUUGUGAAAAUGUAUUUUAUGUUAAUGUCAAUAUGCUGCUUGGCAUUUUGGGAUAUUUCCCCGGCACCAUUUUUUCUAGCACUGUGAAGAAUAGAAUGCUGCCUUGCACUUAAAUCAUCUAUACAUUUGUUUUGUUUGUAGAUAAAGAUAUUUUUAAAUAAUGGGAUAAUUGGGAGACGCUUUAUAUUAUUUCUGGUCUGUUUUAUAGAUUCUUCAUAAAUUGUCCUUAUUUCUGGAAUUAUAUUAAAGUAUAAAUUGCAAUCAAA